CCUUCUCCAUCCUCCAUCAUCAUCAUCAUCAUCAUCAAGGCAUAGCAGUAGGUCCAUAUCAUUCAGCAGCCAUGGAGAUGGAGAAUGCCAACAUGACCGGAGGAGAUGAACAAAUGCCCAUGAACACAAACAUGAGCAUGAGCACCAGCAUGCAUGACGGUGGUGGGAUGUCACUGAUGCACAUGACCUUCUACUGGGGUAAGAACUCAGCCAUCCUCUUCUCCGGAUGGCCGGGAACUAGCACCGGCAUGUACGUGCUAGCUCUAGUCCUUGUCUUCGUGCUCGCUGUGCUAGUGGAGUGGCUCGGCCAUUGCCGUGUUGCGGCCAAUGGGCUUGUGCGCACGGCCGUGCACACCGUGCGCGUCGCCCUUGCGUAUGUGGUCAUGCUGGCUCUCAUGUCGUUCAAUGUUGGCGUGUUUAUUGUGGCCGUUGUUGGGCAUUGUGUUGGGUUCUUGAUCUUUGGUAGUAGCUCUUUGUUUUGGCCUGCGGCGCCUGAUCAGCCUGCUGUUUCAGCUGAUGAUUGUGCAAAGGCUCCGCUCCCUCCUUUGGCUUGUUGAAUUUUUUUUUUUUAUUUUUAUUUUUUUUUAAACAUGUAUAUCAUGAGGGUGUUGGAAAUUUUGAUUGUGUUUGGGUUGUUUACUGCUUUGGAAAUUGUGGUUUUUGCUUUAUACCAUGUGAGCGGUAAUGUGAUUAAUUUUGUGUCAAAGAUUAAAAGUUCUGUUUUAACAUGUGAAUUGUAGUGUGAUUAAUUUUUUGUGAUUAAUUUUGUGCGAAA